UUACCAUUUACCAACACCAAACAAUAUCAACAUUUUGGUUAGCAAAAAAACAAAGUUUCGUUUUUUUGAGAAACAUAAACAAUUAAACGCAAUGAGCAACUACAUACAAUUUGAAAGUGGGAGCGACAAGGAGAGGGCUCGCCAGCAGAUAAGGGAAGCCCGCGCCGAGAUGCUGGAACAGGCCAAGGAGAGAGCCGGCCUUAUCAAGAAAAAGGAGCUUCAAAGGGAAUUGCGGGGUGAGAGCGAUUGGAUGCUUCCAGCCGUGGCCAAGAAACUGGAGAAGCCCCCAAGUGGCUCAUCGAAAAAGGCCAAGAAAAAGAAGAAGGUGAAGCAAAAAUCAAAGUCCUCGAAAUUAAAGAAAUCAUCAAGGAAGAAGAGCAGAAAGGCUCAGAGCAGCAGUGACAGCGAUAGCGACAGUGACAGUGAUAGCUCUAGUUCCUCCUCGUCGUCGUCGUCUUCGUCCUCAUCCAGUGAAGAUGAGAAGCAACGCAGGACACGCAAGAAGACGAAGAAGUCCAAAAGGAGCCACAAAAAAGGGAACCACAGCGAAGACGAGUGGGUGGAACGCGCUCCAGUUGUGUCUAAGGAUAAGGAUAAGGCCAAGGACAAAGCUGAGGAUGCACCAGUGGUGCGCGACACUUGGAUGACCAGUGACGACCUCCUGCUGAAAACCUUCUCCAGAACACGCAAGGAGCCAACCAAACCUAACGACAAGCUGCAGCAGAUCGAUGCCUACGAUCCGGCCAAGAGCGGACGCGAGCUGAAUCCCUACUGGAAGAGCAAUGGCACAGGCCUGCCCGGCUUCCAGAGGCCACAGGACGACGAUGAUCGCGAGACAGAGCCGCAUUCUUACAGCUCCACUCAGCAGAGCACCUCGACAAGAGGCUGGCAGAAGCCUUCAGCCAAGACGCACUCCUAUAGCCCCUCUGCGCCGAGAAGGAGUAAAUCUGCGUCAGAAAGUGAAUCAUCUGAUGAAGAUACGGCGGACAAGGCUGCCCACCAAUCUGCCCAGCCUGCCUGCCUAACGGAUGAGCAAAUCAAUGAAUUGGCCGGCAAAGCCAUCAAAGCAGAAAUCAUGGGGAAUGCGGAGCGGGCAGCUGAGCUCAACCAACAGUUGGCCGAAGCACGCAAGGUGCGCGCCGAUUUCCUGGCCACUGGGAACAUGCCCGCGAAGACAGCUGCCAAGCCAAAGAGAUCCCAGGAACAUGUGCUGCUCACCAAAACCGAUCAAUGCGGCAAUGUGCGUCCCCUGGUGCAGGCCGCGACAGGCACGACGGACCCCAACUCGCUGUACGGCGCCCGCAGGGGUCAGAAGCGCAGCAACAAGAAGGUCGACACCCAUGUCGAUGGCCAACGGGUGAGAUACUUUGCAGACGACGAUCGCUACGACAUCAAGCAGAUGUUUGAGCGCGAGAAGCAUGCCACGGCCGCUGAAUCGAACCUGCAGUACGCGGACAUUGUGUCCAAGCACAAGAACCCCAACGAUGAUCUGGAGGACAUAUUUGCGGACAAGGUUCGAAAGAAUAUCAGCGAGGCAGAUGCUGAGAAGCGGGAGCUGCAGGGUGCCAUUCGGGAGGCGAAUAGGCUGGAGACCAGCCUCGCUAAUUGCGAACGCUGCUUUGACUCGCCCAAGCUGGAGAAGCAGCUGAUGGUGUCGAUGGGCAAGAUGAUCUACCUCAGCCUGCCCUGGCAUGUGGGCCUGCAGAAUGGCCACUGUAUUCUGACCACUCUGCAGCACGUGUCCUGCACCACGCAGCUGGACGAGGAUGGCUGGGAGGAGCUGAACGAUUUCCGAAAGGCUCUUACCCGCAUGUUUUCUGCCCAGCGCAAGGAUGUGAUAUUCUAUGAGAUUGCCAACAAGCUGCAUAGGCGACCGCAUGUCAGUGUCCAUUGCAUACCCAUACCCGACAGCCAGGGCGAGAUGGCGCCCUUCUACUUCAAGAAGGCCAUCGAGGAGUCCGAGCAGGAGUGGUGCAUCAACAAGCAGCUCGUUUCGCUGCGCCACAAAUCGCUGAGGGCCGUUAUACCCAAAGGCCUCCCAUACGUCUGGGUGCACUUUGGCAUGGACUCGGGCUUUGCCCAUGUCAUCGAAGAUGAGGAUCGUUUCCCAGCCAAUUUUGCACAGGAAAUUAUUGGCGGAAUGCUGGAGCUGAAUCCAAGUGCUUGGCGAAAGCCGCGAAAGGAGCAACAGUCCAUUGUAAAAGUCAAGUCGUUUGCCGAAAACUGGAAAAAAUUCGAUUGUACCGAAGAGGCUUGAGCUAGCAGGCAAACAUUUAGCUUAGCGCUCCUUUCAUGAAUA